AUGUCUUCAAAUGUUACUGUUUCGUUCCCUGGUGAUGGUUUCGUCAAUGUUUCGUCUGUGAAUGCCUUUCCACCAAUAUGGGGUCCAGCUGCUUCGAUGGCUAAUUCUGGUUUCUAUUUGUGCUUGUUUAUUAUUUACUUUAUUUGCUUUGGAUUGUUAUUGAGUCUUAUUCGAAAUAGAAUUAAACAUCAACACGUUUCGUCUGAGAAGAAAGUUGGUGAAGGAAUCAUGAAAAGGAAUCAUAUCAUCAUGUUCUUAUUGGCAGGGUCCAUGGUAGCUAUCCAAUGUAUCAAUUUACUGAUUCGUAUAGUAAAUGAUAUCCUAUUCAUUAGAGCUAGAAUAAUUGUUGAGAGAGGUGAAAGGGUUUCUUACUCACACUAUAUGGCUAUUUGGGUAACUGCUGGAUUUUCAUCAUUCUUCAUGUUUCUGAACUUUAUCAUGUUGUUUGUGAUUUUGUUUUUCGUUCAGAUGGUUUUGUAA